GGCGAGUGAGCGGUCGGGCGCCGCCGGGUAUAACGAGAGCGGCGGCAGCGCCGGAACGGAGGAAGACAUCGACAGCCUAGAAAUUAAGAAAGGGUUCUGAGAAGUCUGGUGGAUCAAGGUGGAAUUUUUUUCCCAACAGCCUUUUCAAAAUCGCCUCUUGCAAAACCUUUGGGCGUUCCCCGUUGUGCCAUGUUUUGUGGCUUCCACUGUAGGAGGAGUUUGUCUUGAUGAAGAUUCCUAACAUUGGUAAUGUGAUGAAUAAAUUUGAGAUCCUUGGGGUUGUAGGUGAAGGUGCCUAUGGCGUUGUACUUAAAUGCAGACACAAGGAGACACAUGAAAUUGUGGCUAUCAAGAAAUUCAAAGACAGCGAAGAAAAUGAAGAAGUCAAAGAAACCACUUUACGAGAGCUUAAAAUGCUUCGCACUUUGAAGCAGGAGAACAUAGUGGAGCUGAAGGAAGCCUUCAGAAGAAGAGGAAAAUUAUACUUAGUUUUUGAAUAUGUGGAAAAAAAUAUGCUUGAAUUGCUAGAAGAAAUGCCAAAUGGAGUUCCACCAGAAAAAGUGAAAAGCUAUAUCUACCAGCUAAUUAAAGCAAUUCAUUGGUGCCAUAAGAAUGAUAUUGUUCAUAGAGAUAUCAAGCCAGAGAAUCUCUUAAUAAGCCACAAUGAUGUGCUGAAGUUGUGUGACUUUGGCUUUGCUCGUAAUCUCUCUGAAGGAAGCAAUGCUAACUAUACAGAAUAUGUGGCUACCAGAUGGUACCGCUCACCUGAACUCUUGCUUGGAGCCCCUUAUGGAAAGGCUGUGGAUAUGUGGUCUGUAGGCUGUAUCCUGGGAGAGCUGAGUGAUGGGCAGCCCUUGUUUCCUGGUGAGAGUGAGAUUGACCAACUCUUUACCAUUCAGAAGGUGUUAGGCCCACUGCCAGCCGAGCAGAUGAAGCUCUUCUAUAGCAACCCACGCUUCCAUGGCUUGCGGUUUCCAGCAGUCAAUCAUCCACAGUCUUUAGAGAGAAGAUACUUGGGAAUUUUAAGUGGUGUAAUGCUUGAUCUUAUGAAGAACUUACUGAAGUUAGAUCCAGCAGACAGAUAUUUGACAGAACAGUGUUUGAACCAUCCUUCAUUUCAAACCCAAAGACUUUUGGAUCGCUGUGGGAGCUCACCUUCACGGUCAGCUAAAAGAAAACCGUACCACGCGGACAGCAACACAUUAUCUAACAGAAAUCAAGCCAGCAAAAGUUCUGCUUUGCAGUCACACCACAGAUCAAACAGCAAGGAUAUACAGGCGCUAGGUGCUGGUGGGCCAAGAGAAGAGGGUCUUCCAGCAAAUGAAAGCUUUCUAAAUGGAAGCCUUUCUGGAGCCGCACAUAGUCCAAUGCAUGCAAAAAAAUCAAGCAACACACCUGGAUCUGGCAACAAGGAUCUAGCCAAUAAUAACAUGCCGCAUCUUCUCAGCCCAAAGGAAACAAAGGCAAAAACAGAAUUUGAUUUUAAUGUGGACCCAAAAACUCCUGAUGGUUCAGGCUCAAAAUACCUGAAGUCUAACACCAGAUCUCAGCAGAACCGGCACUCAUUUAUGGAAACUUCUCAAAGCAAAACGGGGACACUGCAACCUGGUGAUAAGCACAGUCGCCACAGCUAUAUUGAUACUAUCCCACAGUCUUCUAAGAGUCCUUCAUAUCGGACAAAGUCAAAGAGCCAUGGGGUUCUGACAGACUCAAAAUCUGUGGGCAACCUCUCUGAGGCCAGAGCCCAAGCUGCAGAACCAAACAGCAGUAGGUAUUUUCCAUCCAGCUGCAUGGACCUGAACUCUCCUACCAGUCCAACUGCUCCUCGACACAGUGAUAACAGAACUAUGCUCAGUCCAUCCGGAAGGAAUAACCGCAGCGAAGGUACCCUGGACACCAGAAGACCACCAACAAGACACUCCAAAACAAUGGAGGAGUUAAAACUGCCAGAUCACAUGGAUGGAAGCCAUUCCCACUCUCUAUCUGCUCCACAUGAAUCUUUUUCCUAUGGUCUAGGUUAUACCAGUCCUUUUUCUUCACAGCAGCGCCCUCAUAGACACUCUAUGUAUGUGAGCCGGGACAGAGUGAGGUCAAAGGGCUCAGAGGGUGGCUUAAGCAUAGGGCAAGGGAUGGCAGCCAGAGCAAACAGCCUGCAACUGUUAUCUCCACAGGUGCAGCAUAAGUCACUCACAAGAUCUGUUGGCUCAUCACGAGAAGACUGUACGGAUGAUACUAAUAGGGGUGGGGCAUAUCAUGAUCCACACUCAGAAGAUGGAGCAUCUACUAAGGAGAAUAGAAUUCUGUAUAAUGACCCUGUUCCGAGAAGAGUUGGCAGCUUUUACAGAGUUCCAUCUCCACGUCCAGAGAGCACAUACAUAGAGAAUAAUGUGUCAAACAGAACCUCUGUGUUACCAGCAGACACCAGCACGGUGGGAAACCACUCAAAGAGACAAACCACCUUUGAUACUUGGAAAAGUCCUGAAAACCUUAACAGUCACUCAGAGCUCAAGGAGAAAGAAAAGCAGGGGUUUUUCAGGGCAAUAAAAAAGAAAAAGAAGAAAUCUCAAACUACAGACUCAACCAACGGGGAGAAUCCAAGCAUCAAGAAAUCCCUCUUUCCUCUUUUUAAUGCAAAGAAUAAUUUAAAACAUAGUUCUUCCUUGAAAAAGCUUCCUGUAGUCACUCUACCCAUGAUGCCUAGCAGUGAUGGUCAGGAUCUCUUGGCAUUACAGAAAGCCAUUCAUACUUCUAAUCACCAGAGCAGCAGGCAGAAAGAUUGGCAUCCUGAGAAGAUGACAGAAAUCCAGCCUCAUACCCAGCCACUAAAAUCUCUUCGAAAGCUCUUACACCUCUCCACUUCAAAUCAUCCUGUCCCUGCUGAGCCUCGCUUCCAGCCCUUACCAAGUCAGCCAGCCAAAGCUGCGUUUUCUGAAGUGCGAAUUCACCCCAUGAGUCAAAGCUCCAGCAGUGGCAGCAGCAAUGUGAGACAAGAGCCUCAGCCGAAAAGCAGGCCAACACUGCAGAUACCAAGUCAGCUGGAACCUACCUGGCACGUCUCCCCAGUAAACAGGGGCGCGAGUGAUGGGCCUCCCUACUCAGAUCAGCUGCCUUCUAAGAGCGGACAGAAUGGGCACACGUAUAACCGAACAAACCGAUCGCGAAUGCCAAAUCUGAAUGAUUUAAAAGAGACAGCCUUGUAAUUGCACUCCAGAAAACAGGCUGGGUCAGGGGGAGAUGAGCGUAGGGGAGUGGUGGUGGUUCUGGUGAUGGUAAGACUGCAUUUCAGCUUUAUAAAGGUGUGCAAUAUGUACAUGUGGAGCUAUGCUGUUCGGCACCACAGUGAGAGUCAGGGAUUAUACAGUGAAACAAGUUGAAUUCUGAAUUACCAGUCAUCAGAAAUGUCGCUGGAUGCCAGGCAGAGUGUGCCGGUCAGGGAGAAAAAUGCAUUUGUGUUUUCUCUCACUUACAUUCCAGCUUUAGUGCACAUCUCUGUCUGAAAGCUGGGAGACUUCUGGUAUGUAUUGGCACUUAUAAGGGUGAAAACAUUCAUGUCUAGACCUAUGCCCUUACUACAUUUUUUGCUGCCUAGUUAAAACAGUGGGGUUUAUGUGAUGAAAGUGUAUCCCUAUUAAGGGUUUAAAGUUAAACUGUAUGUCUUAAAUUUUGUUUUUUAAACUUCCAUAUUUGAUAGGAUUUGUAAUAUUUAUUUAUGAUGACCUAAUAUCGUACUGUUAUAAUCAUAUCUUUUAUGUUAUAAUGUAAAGUUAUUUUGAGCUGUUUGAAACAUUGUGAAGCAGUGCAACAGCUACAGUAGUUUCUAUAAAAAACUAACAGUAACAUUUAUAUAUUGCAUCAGGAGUAUUUUAUUCUAUAUAUAAAUAUAUAUAUAAAUGGAAAAUAACUGUCUGUUUUUUAAAUAUAUUCAUUUAAAAGAAAAGUAUUGUUAUGACACUAUCUGCCAUAUUUUUAUACAUUUGUGAUAUAAAGUGCAGUAUUAUACUUCUAAUAAAAGGAAGUUGAAUGUGGAUAUA